AAAAAUACGCUGAUGCGAAAGGAAUACCUUAGUAAUAGCCAUAUCGAUCAAACAAUAUUCAGAUUUUGGCUACGAAAGAAGAAACGCAUUUUGAAGAUUAACGAUGGAAAAGGAUCAUCCUGCAAUAGUACUGCCACCUCCUCCAGAAAGAUUCACUCUCGAUGAAUGGUAUCUCAGCAACCGCUUCAGAUGUCGUUGCUCGGAAGCUCAGCAAGAAUUGGCAGAACGACUUGUAAGUGAAUCUACCAACAUUUGCAACUCCAGUAUAGAAGCUAUUAAAGCAAACAAAAAAGAAACCGAUCAUCGGAUUGAGGAAAAGCUGGGGGACAUACAGAUUAUCAAGGAAGAAUUGUUGCAAACUCGUAAAGAUGUUUUACUUGAGAUUGAUGCACUUUCGACUGCAAAGGACCGUGUCAACGAUGCUAUAUCUUCUAUCAAAAAAAAUGCAUUCAUCAUUUGUCAGAAGUGCCUUAUUACCAGAGAACAACGACUCGGAGUUGACCUGGUAUACGAUGACGUAGAGGUGGAGUUGCUCAAAGAAUGUCAAGUCAUCGCGAGAUCGGAAAAUUUGCUCGUCAAAGUAUUAGAACAAAUUAAAGAACAAAUUCGACGCAUCAAAGCAAUUCUUUAUUCUAUGGAUCACGAUAUUGAGGCGAAGGAUAACAACUUGAAAAUAGAUAAGCAGAAUCUUCUUCUCAGAGAAACGAGUUUGAAUUUGAGUUUGUAUUACGGCAACGAGCCUCUGGAACUCUCGACUAUAACACUGGAUGAAUGGGAAAUGCAAAGCCAAAAAAAUAUUGAAUUUGCCACCAGAGAAAUGAAUGGAGCAAGACCUUUGCGUUGUUACAUCGAUCAAAUUCUUGAGCAAAUAAUUAAAGAUUUGAAUGCCCAAAAGGAUGCAACUGAUAACGCGUUCCAGAGCAGAGUCGACGAAACCAAGGAAGCAAAAACUAAGCUAGAGUUACAGCAUUCUGAGGUGGUGAGGCAAGUUGACGAAUUAAAGUUGAAUAUUAUUAAAAUUGAAAAAACAAUCGCCGAAAAGGAAUCGUUCUUGGCACUAGCUCACACACGCUUGGGAAAUCGCUGUCAACGUCCUGGGUUAGAACUCACACAUGAUCUUGUUGAGAUAAACCUCAUGCGAGAAGUCCAGACAUUGCGAGAAAUGGUGGUGAGACUCCAACGCAGUUUUCUGGAGGCUCAAGCAUCACUCCGCUAUUUACUGAAAACUCAAAUUGAUUUGGAAGAGGAUAUAAAUAUUAAAAUCAAUAGUUUGAAAAUCGACCAGGUUGAUUGCAUGACAUUGCGUCAGAGCAUGAAUUACCAUGCGUAUUGACACACGACUAUGGAGAAUUCCGUAAGGAAUAAUCAACUACAUAGUUAUUGUUUAAUUUUCACGUAUAUACUGUAUGACUUGAAUUUAAUUAAAGAACCUCUGUAAUAAAAAUGAAUGUACCGUCCUGAAAUAAUUGAAAUGUUUAUAGAAAGACCACCUGCAAGCAAAAUUUAAUAGACGACAUUCGUUCGACAUAUAUGUUCACCCGUUGACAAUGAGUGCAACCGUUUUUUUGCGUUUCCGUCUGGU